AUGAGCCGACCGUGGGAUGACUGUCGCUACUUCAUCAUCUCUGAAUGUCUCAGGAAGAACUGUAUGUACAGACACCACCUCCCCGCAAAGACUGCCCAACUCUGUUCGAAGUGGGCUUCUGGAACAUGCCAAAAACUCGACUGUGACAGCAUGCACUUCGUGCUCAAGCAGAAAAACGAAAUGCUUUGUUACUUUGAGAAUACGCCAAGUGGUUGCAUCAAUCUCAGCUGUAGCUACAAACAUGUCAAGCCGCGACCAUCACCGAAGAAAGACGCGAUGGACGAAAAGGUAGCCAAGUAUCUUGCAGAACUUGAAGGAGGCAAGACGUCGUCAUCGCCACCAGCUGACGAAAAGAAAUCGCCGCUAAAAUCUGACAAAGCAAGCUCGGAUUCUGAUGAAGAAGAAGAUCUUAUGGCAAUGAGGGCGCGGAUCUUGCAAUCUCAAGCCAGGGCACGCGCUAACAUCGUCAAGAAAACGGUGAAUCGAGAAUCGCCACCGCGAUCGCCGGAAGAGGAACUCAGACCGACCUUCAAUGUCGCCACUCCGCCGAAGGGCUUCCUCAAAUCCGGUCGGAAGAUCGUCUCAACCAAAAAGGGCUUUAGCGACGAUGAUCAGUCGGAUAUCUCGCUGGACGAGUUAACUGACGAAGAACAGGAAGACCUGCGAGCUCAGCUUAAUAAAAACAAAGAGCCAGUGACUAUUCGUAGAGUCGAAGAUCAGUUUCGAAAUGUGGAAACCAAGAAGUCCGAGAAAAAAUCUGAAAAGACGGUGAAGCAUGCUGGCCGGAUCAUUUCUAUCCGCAACGAGAACGCGCCUGAGCUGAAGCGGGAGAGCUCGUCUGAAUGGGUCGAACGAAAAAUAACUAUCAAGAAGCCGAAGAAAGAAAAGGCGAAAAAUCCGUUAGUCACUCGAGUGGUAACCAACGUCUUCGCUGGAAACUCAUCGGAAGCAUCUUCGUGUGAUUCAGAUGAAUCUCCCAGAAAAUCGACUAAAAGGAGAAAACCAAAUACAUCUUGGGCUUCCGUAAAAGACGAAAAAAACGUAAGAAAUCGCCUCGGAAAUAAAAAUGAAGAAGAUCUGAGCAAACAGAUUUUGAAGGCGCGCCUCAAUCGCUUCGGCGGAGAGGUGUCGAAGAAAGAAUCGGUCUCGGUGAAUAGACGGUUGACGCUUUCUACUACUGGUGGAGGAAUAAAAUCUCGCCUCGGUGGUGGCGUUGCCGCUAUUCUCACCAAGGAAUGCCAAGCCGCCGCCAAACAAGCCAGCAGCAAGCCAAUCAACGUCAAAAACAGACUCGGAGAACAAGCGACCGCCCCUCCAAGAAGCGAGCAGAAGGUUAAUGGAAAUGAAAAAGAGUCGCCUAAAAAGAAGACUGUAAAUCCGCUACGUAGAAAACGCAGUUUAUCGUCAGAGAAAGAGCCGAUCGUCAAAGAGAAACAACCAAAGACUGCUUUGAAGGAAGUGAACCCCUUUGAACAUUCGUACGACGUUCCAGAUAUCGACGAUACAAUUCCCAACAAACCCGUUUUAUCUAGCAAUGGAGUGCGUAAAGAAGAUAAAACAGCCGAGAAAAAAGAAAUCACGCCAGUAAUUCCUGACCCUGAUGCAGAAGAGGAAGCCACCAAAAGUCCACCAGAACAACUCGCCAGGAAGCCGUCGACGUCCCCCGUUAAGUCCAGGCGUCUGAGUUCACGUGCACUUGACGAUAUGGACGACUUGGAUGCCGAGUUGCUGCUGGGCGUAGAAGAGAGCGACAAUUUAGACCUUGGUGGCGACAUAGACGACGAAGAUCUUUUUGCAUAA